AUGGCUCCGCAAGCAACAAAGCGCGCGAAGCUUUCAUCGAGUGCAGGACUUACCACUCUCUUGAGAGCUGGAUUCGAUCCUUCGGAUGUUGCCACACUCUCAUCGCGCACCAAGGUUUCGUACAAAUCCCCCGUGACCUUGAAAAAUGUCGGGGUACCAUUCGACCGCCUAUCCGACGCCGAGAAGCUCACCUGGACCGAAUCUCUCCAUGACAACAGCUGUUUGAUGGGAUAUCUCGUCUAUUCGCAGUUGCUCCCAUGUGCCGCCGAGAAUCGAUUUAAGCUCAAGUCAGGAAGCGCGCACUGGAACGAACUGAAUGUCUCGACAGACAGGGCAAGACUGGAGCAAUGCCGGGCCGCGUAUGACAGGCUACGGAGGAAUGGGUCUACUUUCUCCGCGUUCCACGGACUCCCUUACAGCGUGGACAUGACGAAAAGCGUGUUGGAGUACAUGGAGAUAGAUUUUGAACAGAGCGACUUGAGGCACAUUUUUUUCUUUGGCCGUGAGUUUGCUAUGAAGUCAUCGGAGCACGGGAAGAUAAACGCCAGCUCGGUGUACACCUCGUGCUCUAAAGCAUUGUCUCUCAUGUACUUCACCGUCGUCAUUCUGGGGCGGCCGUGCUGUCUCGAAUCGGUCAUAUUGCCACUGUCCGUGACGGAACGCUCUGUCUUGGAGCAGACGUGGGGUUGCCCGGGGACGCAUCUUGACGGCCCCAUCAACAAGUUUCAGACGAAUUGGCGCGAGGUUUUCCGUGCGAUCGGCACGCCUCACAGGAACAUCAACUAUGUGUGUCUCGAGAGAGCCACGGAGGAAUGUUAUAUCGGUGGAAAACACGUAGCUGAUUGCUUUGCUUUGUACAAUGCAACUCGUUCAGCUCCGGGGGACGCGAAGACCGUCACGGCGUUGGUCAACCACUACAGGCUAAAUUCCAAGAUAGGCGUCGAGUCGGGUGCUGUCGUGUUCGUUCUCGAUAUGCUAAGGGAAAAGCCCAUGGAAGCCGUCGGCAAGAUCGACGGCUCUGUGCUGGGGGCGAUCACUUCAACCUACGGGAAGAGGGUGAGCCUCGACGUACAGGCGAGGUGCCUCGGUCUGCAAGCGGGCGAGCACUCUCUGUUUGACUUCUCUGUGAGCAACAAGCUAGGGGAGAUCAUCAAUCACGCUGACAUGACGCUCUGGAAGGCCAGGAAACGACUGAAAGUCGAGCUGAAGGUCAACGACAGCCUGGACCCGGCGGACAUGAAUAAGAAGAUCAGCGAAGGCAAAAUGCUCGAUCCCUGUGACCCAGCAUCGUCGGAGAAAAUGCACGCAAUGCUUCAGUCGAUAUCGGGGCAAGUUUGGCGACCGCUCAAGACCUUGAUUGGAGAGACUUUCGGGGUAAGCAUGGAUCACCCAUCCGCGUUUCUACGGAUAUCCGACAAGGAGGCACACCAGCUAUACGAGCACGCCAGCAGAAAGGGUAUGGUCUACACCGAUGUCGCCAACUUUAAUACGCUUCUGGUCUUGAGCAACAGUUUCCAAAGAUCCCAGGUUUUGCGCGAGGCAACGCUGAACGAGUUUGGACUUGUCCCAGACGGUACCUUCUACAGGCAGACUUUCAAGGAUCGUGCGUUCAAAACUGCCGGCGCGUCAAGCGGUUCACCGCCCGUGAGUCACUUCAACCUCUCCCCCGGUCAAUCCAUGAUGGUACAUUUCAUUGCUGUGGUCGGCCACCGCUUCUGCAAUGCGAACAUGAAGAACGAUAAAAGGAAGCUGCUUCUCAAUCCGAAGGGGCAGGGGUAUGCCCAGAAUGACAUUAAUUCGCCGUUCAAAAAGAUUGGGGCGCACUGGCUAGGCCUUCCCAACUUCUGUGUUCACACGUGUAGAACCUUCUGGGCUACGGCCGCCUUGUAUUCGUGCCAGGUCGAUCCCUCGAACAUAGAGGAUUUUGGAAGCUUUUUGCAGGUGCCGAGUUCCACGCUAAGGAGUAGCUAUAUGUCGGCCGCUGGGAAUUCGGCGGCUCACAAGCUGGUUUAA